AUGAACGACGCGCGAUGUUGCGACGCGGUCGAGGGCGACUCGGGCAAGGGCGACGCGGGCGACGCGUACAAGGUGGACGACACGGGCAAUCUGGACAAUGCAGGGCCGACGAGGCGCGUGAGCGACGUGGAUGAUACAGGCGCGACACAAGCAAAGUGGACGCAAGCGACGUGGGGGCAGGACGCUGACGUGUCACUCGACGCGGGUGAAGUGGGUGUGGUGACGACGUGGGCAAAGUGGGUGACGCAACUGACACAGGCCUGGUACCCCGCGUGCGAGUCCAACAAGCUCGUCUUCGCGUGGGUCUACUUGUGCUUGCACGCUGAAACAAUUUUGUCAAGAUCCGCACAGGACUCACCAUACUCCAUCGGGCGACGCGGGUCCGCCGGUUGGCGCGAAUACGUGCGUGAGAAGUCGGAAGCGAGCGACGCGGUAGAUUGGAAUGAUACGGGCGACGUGAGGGACGCGGGCGUGGACGAUGUGGGCGAGGGCGACGCAGAUGACGGCGAUGUGUUCGAUGCGGGUAAAGCGGCGAGACGGCCACUCUGCGCGGGCCUCCCCUACGUCGACCGCACCAGCCUCUCACCCUUCAAGCAUCCCUUCGGAUUCUUCGGGAACUAUGUAGUUCCUUCCAUGGUCCCGCUGCGCCGGUAG